UAUGACGCAGACAACUGUUGAAGGAGGACGGACAUGUUGUAGUGCCUGAAACCGAGCUGAAAUCGACGAGGAAAACGUGAGGGGUAUGAAGAACCGGCGUUUACAAAAGAACAAAAAAGAAAGAUGAAGAAUAUAUGAAUGAACUUUGCCGAAUUUUGUGGCUGUAUACUGUCCUAAAUUCGAUCGAGCCCACUUUUGAUUUAGAAACACCGCACGAAGAUGUCGGCCGACGCCGCGAGGGAAGACGCCUGUCGAGAGUAUCAGUCGUCGUUGGAAGACUUAACUUUCAACAGCAAACCGCACAUCAACAUGCUGACCAUCCUCGCUGAAGAGAAUCUGCAGUUCACCGAGGAUAUCGUCGCUAUAAUUGAAGCACAAAUUGCCAAGGCGCCUCCUGCUGAGAAGCUUCCUGUUUUGUACUUAGUGGAUUCCAUAGUGAAGAAUGUUGGAGGACAGUACCUUGAAGUGUUUACUAAAAACCUAAUCACUUCCUUUAUAUGUGUGUUUGAGAAGGUGGAUGAAAACACUAGAAAAUGUCUCUUCAAAUUGCGUUCCACAUGGGAUGAAAUUUUCCCCUUGAAAAAGCUGUAUGCGUUGGAUGUUCGUGUAAACUCAGUAGAUCCUGCUUGGCCCAUUAAGCCUUUACCACCAAAUGUAAAUGCCAGCAUUCAUGUCAACCCCAAAUUUUUAAAGCCGACCGAAGAAAUAGCUCCUCAUCCCCCAGUCAGUGAGAAGAACUUGGCAGAGGAACAAAUAAUAAGGCAACAGUUGCUUGCUAAGCAAAAACAGUUGUUAGAGCUUCAGCAAAAGAAGAUAGAGCUUGAACUUGAACAAACAAAAGCUCAACUGGCGGCCAGUACACCCGUUUCAGCCCAGUUUGAUCCACCAGCUGCAAGUAAGUCUGCUCCUACGCAACACAAGUCAUGGCCUGCACCACCACAGGUAGACAAGCCGUCAAACAGAGAUCCUAGAUUGAACAGAGCUUCCAUACCAUCCGUAAAUAAUGCAAAGGAGCAAGCAACAUUCAGAAAGGAGAGCCAAGUCACACCACCCAUUAACAUACCUGAAAAGAGAGUAAUGGUUCCCCCAGAACGGCCAAGUAAACUAAUGAGAAUACCAAAAAAAGAUACCUCUACAACUGACGAAAAGGCUAAGUCCAAGUCGGUAUCACCGUUAAGCAAGGGAGUUCUUAAUAAAGGCAAAGACGCUGAGCCUGAGCAUCCAAAGACAUUCGAUGUUAGCAAAAAGGACCCACGGUUGCGAAAACAAAUGCAUGAGAAGACUGAUUUAAAAGAGGAAGAAGUCAAAGAAAAGAAAAGGGGCACAGAGAGGAAAGAACGGGAAGACAUUGGGAAAGGCCCAGAGCCACAGAGAUCCAGCAACUCCAGAGGCAAGCUUGUGAAUGGGUCUCUGAAUAAACAUGACCGAUUUGACACUUUCCAAAAGCAAGAUAUUAAAGUAAGUAAAACAAACAUCAGAAAAAGGUCUCGCUCUAGAUCACGUUCUCCACCUCAGCACUCUCCUAAACGAAAAGACAGGCGUUCUCCAAAGAGAAGAACAAGAAGCAUCACACCACCUCCGAAGUCUGGAAAGGCUAGGCAGUUAAGUAAACAUAACGAAGUUGAUAACCAACAAGCGAACGCCAGGGAGGAUCGGAGCAUACCAAAGAAGAACAUCUCUGAGGCAAGGCGGGUAAAGAGACCGCUGGAGGAUAGAACUCCUGAGCAUCGAGAUGUCCAGACACAGAGGGUCUCGCCAGUAGAGCAUAAAAGUGUAAAAGACAUCAAGAGAUGGAGGAGUGGAUGGGAAGAAAAUAAACCACUUAAGCAACCUGAUCAAGAUCUCUUACACAGCAAACCUGGACAGCAAAGGCAUAAAGUCUGGAACAGCUAUCAAAGGCCUCCGACGCCACGAACACCGAAACAGCACCGUCUGAGUGUUGAUGACAACCUACAGAUUCCAGAAGUGCUUAAUACUGCCAGCAAGAGGGAACUUCUACGAAAGGCUAGCCAGCGAUUGGCAGAUGGAGAGCUAUCACAGGAAGAAUUUCUUAAUGUGGCCCAUCAAAUCAGGCAAAUAUUUCAGUAUCAAGAAGAAAGACAGCGCUCUGAUUCUUGGGAGGGACCGAAUGAUGGUGGUCCGCCCACAAGAAAGAAACCCCAUGGACAUAUGUCUGAUGCCGAGCUCUCUUACUUUGAACAUAAAUCAAAGCUAAAAAGAACACAGCUGCAGCGCCCAGUUCACCGGAUCUCACCACUAAGAGAAAAUGUGCAGCACCAUAAGCUUGAACUAGAGCAUGAUGAGCCAUUUAUCUCAGAUACACUCAAAAAAGGAAGCGAAGCCUUUAAACAAUUCUCAGGAACAGAUGACCCUAGACGAAAUGACAGACCGCCAUCUCGAACAGGAGCCCCUUUUAGAAAUUCCCCAAGUCCAGGUGGUUGUGAUGGAAACUCUGGGAAAGCAGGUGUGACAUUUGAAGGAUCAGCACAAUCCAUGGACGUAGAGCAACUUGAAGAUGGUGAUAUCAGUCCCAGGUUCGAAAGUCCUAACAGCGUCCAUUCUGAUCCAGGUCUGGACAAUGAUGCUCCACUAGGUUUAGAUGCACCUUUAAAGCAGGAAAGGGUACCUGGACCUUUGAGAGGUGGUCGAAACCUUAAUGAAUCUCCUGGCCAAACACCACCUCAUGCUACUGAGGGACCUAGCACACAGGUAAAUGUGCCAAGAAAUGAAGGUGCAAAUGCCCCCCCACGAUUUGAUGGCCAUUCGAAUUCCCAUCCUCAGUUUGAAGGACCACAUGGUCUCGUGGGACAAACACGUUCAGAUGGUCCAUGCAGACCUCAUCCUCCAGGGAGAUAUGAGGGAAAUGCAGGUCCAGGAAGAUACGAAGGUCCUGGUACUCAUGGUCCACCUAGAUUUGAGGGACAUGGACGAUAUGAUGGUCCUGGACCACACAGAUUUGAAAGACCUCCACUACUAAAAGGGCCUGGAAGAUAUGAUAAUCAGUCAGUUCCACAUGGACCAAUGAGGUAUACGGAGCCUCAUGGACGAUUUGAAGGGCCAGGAUCAGGCCGUUUUGAUGGUCCAGUGGGACAUCAAGGUCCUGGAAGAUUUGACGGCCCAGGACCCAUGCGGUACAACAGUCCAAUGCAGGCAAAUAGAUUUGAUGGCCCCACAAGAUUUGAUAAUCCCCAUGUACCACAAGGCCCUCCUGGAGGAUUUGAAGGCCCAAUUAGGUAUCCUUCUGGGAUGGUAAAUUACGAGGGACCAAUGAGACUUGAAGGGCCAGGCAAUCAGCCGGGAAUGAUGCGCUUCGAAAACCCAGCACAGCCAGUACCGAUGAGAUUCGAAGGACAACCGUCUGGCAUGCCAAGAUUUGACUCUGCACCGCAGGGUCUUCCACGAUACCGUGGACCUCCAAACGUGCAAAAUUCAUUCAGACCACAAGGACAGAUGAUAAUUGAGCAGCCCCAGAAUCAGGGUCCAAUGUUAAAUCCUGGUGUCCCACCCCACAAUUUUAACAUGGCAGCACCCAGUACAUUUGAUGGCCAACCAUUGCCAUUUCACAUGCAACAGAACAUCUCACAAGGGUCAAACUUCACUGUGCCAGAACCAGCACCUUCAGGAUUUCAGAAUUCAUACAGGCCUGUUGCUCCAUUUCCUGGCACUGCUCCUGCUAACCAUCCUCAGCCUAUGCCUGUUAUGCCUGCUUCAGUUUCGAACUUCGGCCCACCAAACCAAGCACCUUUCAACCCACCAGUGUCUCAGUUUUUACAGCCUGAGAGUCAUUUGGGCCAAAUGGAUGUUAAUGACUUAAUGGCUAAAUUGAUGGACUUUGGAAUAAUCAAACCAACGCAAACAGACUCCAGCAGUGAGUCCACAUCUGCAACUCAGUCUCAGAAUAUGCCAGAAGAAGAAGAACCAGAGGAGGAGGAACAGGAUGACGAUGAUACUCUUCCCGAUAUGACUGGCUUCGUUGUAGAUGACAUGAAACAGAGACAUGAAAGUGUCAUUACGAAACUGUACACUGGAAUCCAAUGCUACUCUUGCGGAAUGCGCUUUACAGCAUCUCAGACUGAUAUUUAUGCCGAUCACUUGGAUUGGCACUACAGACAAAACCGCUCCGAGAAGGACAUCAGCAGAAAAAUAACACACAGACGGUGGUACUACAGUCUCACAGACUGGAUUGAAUUCGAAGAAAUUGCCGAUCUCGAGGAGAGGGCAAAGAGCCAGUUCUUUGAAAAAGUCCAUGAAGAGGUUGUACAGAAAAACCAGGAAGCAGCCAAAGAGAGAGAAUUCCAGAGUGUAAAAGCUGCUGCAGAUGUUGUUCAUGAAUCUUGUGAAAUUUGUCAAGAGCAGUUUGAGAUGUACUGGGAAGAAGACGAGGAGGAAUGGCACCUAAAGAACGCCAUUAGAGUUGAUGAAAAGACAUACCAUCCCUUGUGUUAUGAAGACUACACUAAUACAUCUUCCUUUGUGGAUUCCACCCCAUCCCCCAAUAAGAUGCUCACCGAAAACCCUUUAAAUGCUUUCAUAAAACAAGAGAGAGAAGGUGAGGGGUCAUGCUCCAGUAUUAAAGAAGAGCCAGCUGAAGGAGACACAGAGGCUGUAACGGUAAAACAGGAGGUUCAGGAUGAGUCUGAAGAAGGGUCACAAACAAUUAGUGCAAUUCCGUUUUAAACCAUCUUGCUGCUUUAAGACCUCCCUUCUCUCAUGGUUACUUGAGUUUCUGUUAGAACUAUUUUUAUACAGAACGGCUCUGAGGCAGGGUCCUCAGCUAUGCAUACAAUUAAAUACAUUUUUGUAUUUGUAUCUGCCUGCAGUUUCAGGUGUUUUUUUUGCUGUGUGAAUGCCAAGUGAAAUGUUCUUUAAAAAAGAUGUAUGUUGGGGUAAAUGUGUGUAUAAUUAAUUUAUAAAUAAAGAAAUAUUUUUGGUAUUCUUUGUGUAAUAUUAAGAUUGUAAAAUGUUGGGUUGAAAUUCUUUAAGAACUUUUGAUUUAUUUCCCCCGUCAGGCAUUUGUACAGAUUUUGAGAAGUGAACAGCAAUGAACUGAGCAGGUUUACAGAUGACACACGAUAUAAUGCCCUAUUGCAGUCUUUCAGUUAGUAAGGAUUAAAAAAAUAAUAAAUUUAAAAAAUCACGUUUUCACCCUUCCUCAACUUAAAUGUGUAAAUAAUUACAUGUCAAGCCUAUUAAGUUUAUUAAUGUUUUUGGUUCUGAUUAUUAAAAUGUAUUUAGUUUAAAGAGGAAAAUAAAAAAAAAAGAAAUAAUUUCUGCAGAGAUUUAAAUAGGCUUGCUUGACUUACUGAAUAUUCAAUAAAGUGAAUCAUCAAA